UUUGCCACAUGGCUAACAAGGAAAUGUGUAUUAUAUGAUAAUAUAUGUACAACCUAUACCAGUGAUGGUGAACCUUUUAGAGACUGAGUGCCCAAAUGGCAACCCUCACACCACAUGUGAGCCCCUGCCUUACCCCAGACAAAAGAGGGAGGAAGCAUUCCCAUUGGGCUGCUGGGCAGGGGGGUGAGUCAUAUGAGAAGUAUCCUUAGGUGUGGUAGAGAAGGGGAGGGGAGCAGCCCCCUCCAGCACAUGCACCAUAGGUUCACCAACCUAUACCAUAUUACAUGCUUAUUAGGGAGGGGGAAAAAAAGAAUGAGACAUACAUUUUUAGAGAUAGCUAAUAUGAAAUUUUGUUUCCCUUGGCUAAGCAUAUUCUAAUUUAUUAUAUAUUUAUAACAACUUGUGUAUAUUACAUUAUUAUGUUACAUAUUAUCUUAUGUUAAAUAUGUUUAAAAUGGUAACUAAAGGAAAUGGAGGGGCAGCUAGGUGGUUCCAUAGAUAGAGAGGCAGGCCUGGAGUAGGGAAGACCUGGGUUCAAAACUGGCCUCAGAUACUUUAUAGCUGUGUGACCCUAAGCAAGUCACUUAAUUCAAUUGCCCUUACUGCUCUUCUGCCUUGGAAUUCCAAUUAAUUCUAAGAUAAGGUAAGAGUUUAAAAAAAAAAGGAAAUUGAAAAGGGCUGGGGUACUAUGAAAGGGGCAAGGUGUUAUGGGACAGGUCUUCAAGGAGGCCUAGACCCCAACAAAAUAAAGCAAAAGCUGACAAAAGAGCCAGGGACUCAUUGAUUGAAGUCCAGGUUAUUAGUGAAGAGAAGGUGGAAGUUAUGACCCAAGUUAUGACAUUCCCAUUCUCCUGCUGGCUGUCAAAUCUUUUCAACUCCUGGACAGAACCUAAUUUGGGAGCAGGAUAACUGGUCUCUGUACUUUUGCUUUUCCAGUUUUCCUGGGUACGAGUGUGUAUUGGAAGCAAGUUUGGGUUCAGAGAGUAGGUAAAAGGCUAUCCUUCCCACUUCUAUUCCAUCUUCUUCUCCUUGUCUCCCCUCUCCCCGCCUCCCCCAGAUGCUUUCUUCCCCAGACAAAGGCUGGGGUUGGGGAGAAAAGGGGAGGAUUCAAGGCGACAUUUGAGCUUGAAGGGCUGCUUUUCCGUUCCACCGGGAGGAUGGGUGAUGGAGGGGGAGGGAAACUGGGAGUUCUGGAUUCAUUCUGCCUCACUUCCUUGAGUGAGUCACUUGUGGAUUCUGCUUAGCUCCCUUCCCCUCCCUGACCCUCUUUCAACGAAGUGUGGAAAGCAGGGAUUAAAGUGUAGGGUCCUAGAAGCUUGUAAGGAACCCAGGGUAGCAGGAGUUCCCUGGGAAAGAGGAAGCAUCUUCCCUGUCUUCUGCAGCCUGUAGAGAGCCUGUGCCUUUGGAGGAAGGUCUGGAGGUGUUCGGGUUGGAAAAGGUGUUGGAGGACCUAGAGCUGUGGGAGUGACUGUAGACGUGUGCCCGCCUCAGCUUGUGGCGGAGAAAACCACUGAGUGUGUCGCUUUGGGUGUUAGUGUGCCUGUGUCGGCAAGCCUGCGCGUCUAUGUGAUUCUGGAGAUGCCAGUCGACGACUCCGCUUGGAACGCUCGCAGGCGUACAGAACAAGCCCCUUUUCUUUUUUCUUCUCACCUUCCCUUCUCCCAGCAGUCCUUAGGCUCUCCGCUCUUCUCAUCUCUAUCGCUGACCUGUCAUAAAUCCCAGGGAACUAGCUCUCCCCUCCCGUGGUUUUUCUGCUGACCGACGGCUCGCUCUCCUGACAUUCCCAGUACUGGGGGGGUGGGGGGGGGUGGGUGGGAGAUCGCUUGAGGAGCUCUCCCUCUCCCCCCAGUCUGGAGGAUUGGUCCAGCCACUGGAGGGUGUCUGAGCUGCAACCCCUCCUCCUUUCCCCUCUCCCCAGGCCCUCGGAGAGGGCAGGCGAGAAGCAUUGAGGGGGUGGGACUAGGGCGCCCUGCAGCGCAGGGAGAGGGGCUGAGACUCUGGGAUCGGGGAUUGGAGCUGCUCAAUGCCAGUGGCCCCCCACGAGUUGCACCCGCCCCCCGCCCCCGGUUUCAUUGCCGCCGCCUCAGCCCCAAGGGAGAGGGAGGAGUCGAUCCUCCGCUCUGAUCCCCCAGUGGGGCGCUGGGGCGCCUCUGUCUCCCUGUCCCGGAGCCCUCCCUGAGUUCUAGAGGAGACAUCAAUUACCAUGGAGAGUCUGAGCUACCCCAACCCCUGAGGCUAUAAAACCUGGCCUCCCGGCGGGGCAGCUUCAACUGCUCUUAAGCCAAUUAAUCCCCCGAGAAACUGGCACCCCAGCGCACUUCUCUCCUUCCCCACCCCCCCGAGUGGGAGGAAGAGCGGCGGCGGCGGCGGCGCCAGCAGCCUAAGGAGCAGCGCUCCCCACCAGCUCUGGAAGAGAUCCCAUCGCCUCCACGGUUGUUUCGGCAGGGGAGCUAGGGAGGCUGAAACACCAGACGCGAUCACCUGGAUAGCUGAGAGAGGGCCCCCAGGUAUGGGAUUGGGGAACACCCAGGGGCAGGAAGAGUAGUUGGAAACCCCAUCGGGGGAGCCCAGGACCUGUAGUUACCGUCUAGUGGACAGCUAGGUACUGACUCCAGGGAGCAGCGUGGAGCAAAAUAUCCAAGCGUGAAGUCCGGGAGCAAGAAGAGCCUGGAACAACAAGCAGCAGGGACCCCAGAGAAGGGCGUCAGCUUCGUGGGAAUUUCGGGAUCUGAGACUGGCGUCCUUAGGACAUCUGGGCGCCAAGCCCAAGACGCAGGUGCAAGAGCCCUGGUUCAGAGCCACCUACACGUGGAGCACAAGAGCAGCUCUGAGCCCCAGCAGUCUAUUGGUUUUCCUGAGUGAGGCCCGAGAUAGCUUCAGGAAAGUGGAACUCACUCCUGAGGCGCAAGGCCAAACGCAGUUGAGGGGACUCGGGCGAUGCUGAAGCCAAAGGAUCUGUGCCCUCGGGCGGGCACUCGCACUUUUUUGGAGGCUAUGCAAGCUGGCAAGGUGCAUCUGGCACGUUUUGUCCUGGAUGCCUUGGACCGUAGCAUCAUCGAUUGUCGGGCGGAGCAGGGGCGCACGCCACUCAUGGUGGCUGUGGGGCUGCCGGAUCCCACGCUCAGAUCCCGCUUCGUGCGGCUGCUGCUGGAGCAGGGCGCGGCCGUGAACCUUCGAGAUGAGCGGGGCCGCACGGCUCUGAGCCUGGCCUGCGAGCGCGGCCACCUGGACGCCGUGCAGUUGCUGGUGCAGUUCAGCGGCGACCCCGAGGCGGCCGAUUCGGCAGGCAACAGCCCGGUGAUGUGGGCCGCCGCGUGUGGCCACGGCGCUGUGCUCGAGUUCCUGGUGCGCUCUUUCCGCCGCCUUGGCUUGCGCCUCGACCGCACCAACCGCGCCGGCCUCACUGCGCUGCAGCUUGCGGCUGCCCGAGGCCACGGCCCUUGUGUCCAAGCGCUCACAGGGCCCUGGGGCCGUGCUGCGGCUGCAGCAGCCGCCCGCGCGCGGGGCUCUACCUCGGACAGUCCCCCAGGACGGCCCAGCGCUGCUCCCAGCCCUGAGCGUCGUCGGCCUAGCCCCCGCCGCCUGCCGCGGCCCCUUCUGGCCCGCUUCGCCCGGGCAGCUGGUGGCCAUGGGGGUGAAGCCGGGUCCGGGGGCAAGGGCUCGGGCCGACAAAGAUCGUUUGGCAACGAGCGGCCAGAAUUUGGCCGCAGCAUGAGCUUGGCGCUGGGCUCGGUGACCGAAGAGGAGGCUGCGCGGGUCCGAGCAGCAGCUCAGCUCCCCAGGUCAAAUUCUCCCCAGGCAUCGGGCACCGGAAGGUGGCGCUCUCAGGAGCUCCUGGAGGGCAAAGCUCUGACCCUAAUCAAGGCUCCUGGUGGGCUCACCCCCCAUCCUGAGGGUGGCCCCGGGAGAGGCCGUCUCGGUCUGCGCCGCCGUUCUACUGCGCCGGACAUCCCCAGUCUAGUGGGGGAGGUGCAAGGUUCAGACAGCGGGCUGGAGCAGGAGCCUGACUCGCUGCCCCUCUCUCUGCCUGGCCAGCAGAUCCCUUGGCAGGAGGGUACCGAGGCAGAAGCAGUGGUCUUGCAAGCUCAGCGGUGAAGAGGCCCCAGGGCACUUCAUCAAAAAUUCCCCCAACCCAUAUUCUCCUGUGCAGGGCCCACGCAACAGCCCAGUUCCCUUUCCCUAUUGACCCUCUCAUUUCUUCAUGGGCCGAGUUGCCCUUUCUAACAAGACCAUCCACGUUUUCUAUAGUCCCCAGGUCUGCUUCUCCAUCCCUGGCAUCCACCAGAGUAGCCAGAGAAGCCAUGGCCUCUGAACAGUCUCUCUGAGGGGCUUGCACUUUUUGCCUUUCCUUUCCUCCCAUGUCCCAUUGGUCCCCCUUCUUUUGUAUUUCUUCUAGAUUUUCCACUUCCAUCCAGUGGGCCAGCUCUCCCUUUUUCUUGUCUUACCCUUGCACUAAAUGCAAGGAGAGGAAAAACUGGUACCCAAUAGAUCAGGACCCUGAGAAUGAAGGUGUCUUUGCUGGUCUUAAGCCUGAUAGUGAGACCUAGAAUCAGAUGGUUAAGCCUGAAAAAGAUCUUAGAGUUCAUUUGCUCCAACCUGUUCAUUUCAUAAAUGAGACGGCCAGGGCCCAGAAGAAAUUCAGUGACUCUCUCAAGGUCAUACAGGAAGUGACAGAGCCAGAAUCAAAGUGAGAGCUCUUUAUUCCCUAACCCAAGACUUUCCCAUUUCACCUUGCUGCUUCCCCAGCCUUUAGUGCUCAAUUUCUGCCAACAAUAGAAGUGUCAGUCUGUUCUCUGUGCUGCAGCCACAGCAUCUUGAGGGAUAGGAGAAUGCCUUCUCUGGAUACUGGCAGCCAUCUGCCCCAAGGGAUUGCAAACUUACUCCAGGUAUGUCUGUGGCACAGUCCUUUCUCUUCCCACACCAAUAGUGAUGGUGCCCCAGUGCCAGGGCAAGGGGGAAACAAAAGGGUGGUCCAGAGACCUUCCUGAAUUCUGUUAUUUAUUCUGAGUCUUUGAGGGAAGAAAGCUAUGUCUUAAAUGAUUAUGAAAGAGCAUUUUUUCCCUCCAAAGGCAGUUCACUAGGAAUGAAACACUUGGUCAGGAGUCUUUACUAUUUUAACUUUAAUGUUCCCUAUACCAUAGGAACAUAGGUUUAGAACCCCAAAGGAUCUAGGUGUGGUCAACUCCCCCCAUUUUAUAGAUGAGGAAACUGAGGCACAGGCUGAGUAGCUACUGAAGGGAGCCAUUGGGGAAAACAGCUAAAGCCCUUUCAGUUUCCAUUGGAUCUGAAUUUUGUUUUUGAGGUAAUGGAAUCCCAAGGUUUAUAAAGUUAGCCUGCUCUUUGUAUUCCUGUUUCCCCACAUCUUCCACUUCACUAUUUCCACUUAUUUCUAAGAUGCUUAAAGGAGGACUUAGUGCUCCCCCACUCCUGUGCCCCCACUUCCCCCUCUCUCACCAUGUGCACAGAAGGUGUUCUCCGAGGUUUGGGUUUCAUUUCUUCAUUUCCCUUCACUUUCAAGUCAGCCCCAUUUGGAGGCUUUGUACAUCCAGCAGAAAGCAGCAGGCCUGAUUUGAGGUUUCAGAACCUUGACAAUGUCUCUCUAAAUAGAAGCUCGGUGAGGGAGAUAAUUGACUGAAGUGUUUGUGAUGUUAAACUAAGAAGCAGCGAAGCUCGGAGCCCACACUAACUGCAGGUCCCCGGUUAAAUUACAUCCAACUCUCGCAAGAGCUGGAAGGAAGCUGCUCCAAAGUCUGCAGCUCCUAGCUGAGCUCUAGAUGGAGGGCAGAGCAAUGACGGAUGCUUGGACUUGAAUCUCGCCAGGGAACCUGGUGGUUAUGCCAUUCGGACCCCCACCUAAUCACCACCCCCGUGGGAGGUGGUCCAAUUUCAGGCCCAUUACCUACACAUUAGUGAGUCAGAAGCAACUGCCAAGAAGUGGUUAAAAGGUUCUUUCUUUCCUCUCUCUCCUCCCCCGUCCUCCUUCCUCUUCCUUCCUCCCUCUCUCCCUCCCUCCCUCCCUCCUCACCCUCUCUUUCUGUUAGCCUAGACUGGUGUGCCUGCGUUUCUCUGCAGGCGCUAGGACCCUGCGGAAGCUCAAGAGCUUCAGAGAGACUUUGCUGAUGGAAUUUUUGUUACCAGGCUGAGGAGAAAGGUUGGUGGGUGGCUGGGGGUGGGCGGGGGCGGCAAGGUCUUUUUCUGACUACAGAUUUGGGAAUACAAACUCCACCCUUGGGUUGGGAUUUUGAGAAAGCUGUGCUUCCGUGGAGAGCGUGAGCUUUUCGCCCCAGGGCUUCUGGGGUGGCAAAUUGUCACCAAGAAGAAAUUCCUGGAGGAGGGAAAGGAGAUGCUGAUCUCUCACCCUGAACCGGCAGAAGGAAAGGGGUUGAGGAGGCAUCCUCUGUGUUGAUCCUUAACUUCUCCUUGCCCCCUGGGCUCCAGUGACACUUGGGGAAAGAGAGCCGGGUCUACUUUCCAAAAGGAUGGCUUCCCUCCACUCCAAAGACCUUCUGAUGCUCUGUCCAACCAGAGGAUACGGUCUCCAACAAGGUGGUCCAGCCCAACCUUAGUCUGCCCCACCUGGUCCCACUCAGGAUCUGAUCUCUGAUGCCCCCUAGCGACUGCCAUGUUCCCAUUCUCUGCUUGGCCCAAGAUUCUAACCUGGUUAAAGAUCUGGAAGAAUUGGUCAAAGAGUGUAGGGGCAGAGCUGGAAGGAACCGUAGAGGUCAUCUAGUCCAGCCUCCCCCAUUUUACAGCUGAAGAAACUGAGACCCAAAGAAAUAAAGUGGUGGUAAAUGACAGGGCAAGGAUUUGUACUAAGGCUCACUCCAAGGACUUUUAAAUAAACUCCAUCAUGCCCCCCCCCCCAUGUCUUAAUGCCCACCAAUCCUUUUUUUCUAUUCUUGGGGAAGGGGAGGGGGUGUCAUCCAGCUACUUGAAGACAUUUUGUUGUGGUGAAAUGAGGGCUAAGAGAAGUCCUUUUUAUUAAUCUUUUUUGGGGGGGGGAUGUAGCAGCACAGAACCUCUGACAGUGGCAUUCUCUGCUCCUCGAUAGUUCUUGUCCUCCUCUAAAAGUCCAACACAUCAGCUUCCCUUUCUGGAGUGUUUCAGGUUGGAGAAUGUAGUUCCCCAUUCAGUUCUGUCCUCUAAAGUUGGGGUCUCCAGCUCCUCUCCCCUCUUUCCCACCUCGAAGUUUGUCAGCUUCUCUUUAGACCUUGGAUCUGGCUCAGAAUGGUCUGAGGGGGUGGCAGAAUCAUGCUGCUCAGCUGCAAACUGCUUCCUUCUACUACUUGCUUGCUAAAUUGCUCUCUUUUUGACUGCUGAAUUUUCAUAUGUAGUGCAAGAAUACCAUUUUGGGGGCUCAUCUUUAAAACCCAACUAAGCCCAGGCAAGUAGACGGGCCAGGAGCUGACCCAACGUUUCCCAGCAUAGCGGACAUGUAGCUUUUGGGUCAAAUGUCACCUUGGCCUUGAUUGGGUAAACAAGAGAGGCUGCUAGGCUCAUCGGGUUGCCAAGAGAUUGUCUGAUGAAAGUAGUUUCUCAAAAACCACAGCAGGUCCUUCCUGUGUGUACAUAACGGUGUGUGGGGCAGAUGUGUGUAUCUUCCUCGUAGAACACAUAUGGCUGGCUGGCUGGCUGGCGUGCUUUCCCUCCGGCUUUGAGCUCCGGCACAGCCCCGCUUGGAACUUGUCAAGGUCACCAGUUUGGCAUCCAGAAUCUCCCCUCUCUGCCAGCCAAAGGGUUCCAGACUGGAGCUAGACCAUCUCCCUCACCCUCUCUCCUUUAGGGCAUCCUUCCCAAACUGCCUGUCUUCAUGUAGGCAGGUGGCUUCCCCAAAAUGGUUUUGCUCUCCAGACAGACACCACUGUUUUCACUGUAAACUAACCCAAAUCCCUGAGGCUUGGUGUCCCAACAUGGUUCUAGGUAAUGAUCUGUCUGUGAGGCUAAGUAACUCAUCCAUAUCCUGCUGGAAGAAGAGGCUGUUUUGUAGAAAGAAGAUGGACUCGGAAUCAUAGUUAAUAAAUCCAGUAUUAUUCAACUGGGG